AUGAAGUACCCAUUACUGUCGCUGGCAUUGGCUACCUUGAGUAUGAUGAUAUUUCAGGCGGACGCAAUAGUUGAUACUUCGCCACCUGUGAAGCCAGGCAGCGGUUCUUGGGCGUUCGCUCCAAAUACUGGCGUGUCGGCUAUGCACAUGGUACAAUCCGGCCCGACAAAGAUGCUGAUUAUUGAUAAAGCCGAAAGGAAUAUAUUCGCAAUUCGCAAGAAUGGCUUGUACGGAUUAUCCGUGGAGUAUGACCUUACUGCCACCACCAAUCCUGCUUAUCAUGACAAGUGCGAAUGGAUAGAGCGUCCGAUAUAUCUCAUGUCUCCUCGGUGGUAUAACACUAUGGUCACACUUCCCGACGGUCGAGUUUUCAUCAUUGGUGGAUCCACCGCGGCAACUUCAAUCAGUACAAAAUCUUCCCAGAAUCCCACAUAUGAAUUCUACCCAAAUAUCAAAGGGACGCAGAGCCCUCCCUUUGACUUCCUUCUAAAAGCAUUUCCGUACAAUCUUUAUCCUCACGCGUGUGUCUUGCCUUACGGAACACAACUUUUUCUCUUCAGCGGUAACCAUGCUGCCAUCUGGGAUUACGCUAAAGAAGCCUAUGUUAAAAAUCUCCCCAAUAUCAAUGGACCUCCAAGAACGUAUCCACUCACCGGCACUGGUUUACUUUUGCCUCUCACCUAUGAGAAUAAUUAUAAGCCUGAAUUCUUGGUUUGCGGUGGUGGUACGAAAUUUGGGAACACCAAGGCAACUGCCGAUAACACUUGCGGAAGAAUAGACCUAAGUGUCGGAAAACCAACUUGGGAUUAUGACACUUUUGAGAUCCCCAGAGUCAUGGGUGAUCCUGUUAUACUACCGAAUGGAAAAGUUUUAAUUGUGAACG